UCAUGGAAUUUGACAGUUGGAAAUUGUUCGUUAAGUGUAGUGCAUUAUUUGGUGUUUCUUUAGUUUUUGGUUGUUUUGUAAAGUAGUGAAGUGAAUCUAGCAAAGUUAUUUAAAUAAAGUUUAUAAAUAAAAAUAUCAAAAUGCAAAUCCAAGGAAAACAGUCAUACAAAAGCCAAAUACGGACUAGAAAUAAACAGUUUUUACUGAAAAACAAUGGAUUAGAUACCACGUCGUUUUGGUGUUUAUCUUCCUCAAGUGGUCCUUUAGCUCCAGAGCUAUUGUUGGCAUCCACAUUGUCGAAUGAAAGAAGUGGAAAAUCAAUGUUUCACGAUUUGCAUUGCAAAUCUAGUGCUCCACCUCGCCCUCUUAUUCACGCAAAAAUUCGAAGCCUUCCCAUACUUGUGUUGUCUUUAAUUGUUUUCUUAGAAUGCUUUUGUAUUGGUAGCUGUGCACAAAUCAAAAGUAAAAGUGAUUUAUUAAGUGGAGCAAUAUUAACGCCAGUUGACGAUGUAGUGCCUAGAAUAGUCGAAAAUGUUCCUAUAGAAAACCACGGCAAUGCUACAUUUGCUGAUAUUUCCGACCCUACAAAACUGAAAUCUCGUGUUGAGCGUGAUGCCUCGAGUGACGAUUUGAAAAUCUUCGGUUUUCGCGUAGAGUCGAGCAACAAUGAGAUUGAAUACCACAAUGGCGGUGUGCCUAGUGUGCUUAAAGAUAGCGAAUUUACAAUGCGUAUUUUCGGUAAAGGCAUUACACCAUUUACCGUUAUAACAUUCACCGCAAUAUCAAAUACAUUUGGUGGAAAAUGUCAAAUACCAGCAACUUUGUUAUACAAACCCAUAGAAGGUUCAUCGACCAACGAAUCUGCUGUCUAUCGGAUGUCACUACCUAAACUGGAUGUAGCAAUGACCAAUGGCAGUGAAACAUUUUACUUGUGUGCCAAAAAUGAUCCUCAAAUGGAUGUGGGUAGCGCCACGGACACCAAACCGAUGGCACAUCAGGGCGGCGAUGUCUAUCUGCAAAUGAAAACUUAUGAAAAUUUACUGCCCAUCUGGUUGUCAAUAGUCAUCAUUCUGGUCUGUUUAGGCUUCUCAUCGUUGUUUUCUGGUCUCAAUUUGGGUUUGAUGUCACUCGAUCGUACGGAACUAAAGAUUCUGUGUAACACUGGUUCAGUUCGCGAACGCCAAUAUGCUAGAAUUAUACAGCCGGUCCGAGAAAAGGGCAAUUUCCUACUGUGUAGUAUUCUUUUGGGCAAUGUGUUGGUAAAUUCCACAUUUACAAUUCUGCUGGAUGCUUUAACCUCAGGCCUUUUUGCUGUUAUUGUUUCCACGCUUGCUAUUGUCAUAUUUGGUGAAAUUACGCCUCAGGCUGUUUGUUCGCGACAUGGUUUGGCAAUUGGUGCCAAGACUAUUGGCAUUACUAAAGUUGUUAUGGUACUCACAUUCCCCAUGUCAUAUCCGAUUUCAAAAAUGUUGGAUUGGGCAUUGGGUGAAGAAAUCGGCAAUGUUUAUAAUCGUGAACGUCUAAAGGAAUUAGUGAAGGUCACAACUGGUACAAAUGAUCUUGACAAAAAUGAAGUCAACAUUAUUUCGGGUGCUUUGGAGUUGCGUAAAAAGACUGUUGCUGAUGUUAUGACACACAUUGAUGAUGCAUUCAUGCUCUCUCUUGAUGCUCUACUAGACUUUUCAACCGUAUCUGAUAUAAUGAAGUCAGGAUACUCGCGUAUUCCGGUAUAUGAUGGCGAUAAGAAAAACAUCGUUACAUUGUUGUAUAUUAAAGACUUGGCGUUUGUUGAUACCGAUGAUAAUACACCGUUGCGUACAUUGUGUGAAUUCUAUCAGAAUCCAGUUCACUUUGUGUUUGAGGAUAUGACGCUGGAUCUAAUGUUUAACCAAUUCAAAGAUGGUACUAUUGGUCAUAUUGCAUUUGUACAUCGUGUUAACAACGAGGGUGAUGGUGAUCCGUUCUAUGAAACUAUUGGUCUUGUAACGCUUGAAGACGUUAUUGAAGAGUUGAUUCAAGCUGAAAUUGUUGAUGAAACUGAUGUGUAUAUUGAUAAUCGUACAAAGGUGCGACGUAAUCGUAGUAAAAAGCAGGACUUUUCAGCAUUCGCCGAACGUCGCGAAAAUCAAAAGAUACGAAUUUCACCACAACUCACCCUUGCCACUUUCCAGUACUUAAGCACAUCUGUCGAUGCCUUUAAAAAGGAACUUGUUUCCGAAAACAUCCUACGCCGCCUACUUAAUCAAGAUAUUAUCCAUGCCAUCAAGUGCAAGGGCAAAAAUAAAGAUGAUCCGCGCCUGUUCAUUUACCAACAGGGAAAAGCUGUGGACUUCUUCGUACUUAUUUUAGAAGGUCGUGUUGAAGUGACCGUCGGCAAAGAGAACUUACUCUUUGAAAGUGGCGUAUUUACAUAUUUCGGUACAGCAGCCCUUCAGCCAAAUGUCGUUGUUGAUUCACCUAGUCAACAAGUCCGUGGUUCUAUACAGUCAUUGAAUAUGGAUGCUAAGAUUCGUCAGACAUUUAUACCUGACUAUUCGGUGCGUGCUGUCAGCGAUGUAGUAUACAUCGCAAUAAAACGUAGCCUUUACUUAACUGCCAAAAAAGCUACACUUUUAGAAAAGACCCGUAAGAGUGGUAUUGAGCUGAAUAGUGAAAUUACUGAUGAUGAAGUCGAAAGGUUAUUACACUCUGUGAACGAGGAUGAAAUUAGGGCGCAUGUCAAUCAUAAAAUAGCUGCAACUGGCAGCAAUACAGCUUCACCGUCAUUAAAUGACAUAUCAUUGCAGAGUCAUAGUAAUGCACCGCCACCGCACAAUAUGCACAGCAGUAGUAGUGGUGAAGUUUUAGAUGUGGGCUCAUUAAGUAGCCAAGUGACAUCGGAUCCAGUAAACGAUCAAUCAGAACAUAAUGGCGAUCGCGAGAAUGUCGCUACUACACCACUUUUGCCUAAGCCUAGUGAUAGUGCUAAUAACAAAUAACAACAAGCAUAACAACCAACGCGUAUAACUCAAAAGUUUACAUAUGCAUAAGAGUAGAGAAAUAGCAAGUAAUAUGCAUUUUAAGUUAUAAAUAACGAAACGAAGUCAAAUCUUUCAUUAAUACAAAUAUGUAUUUCGUUUACCAGCGUCAACGCGUUUGCUUAACAUACACAUACAUAUGUAUGUCUAUAUUACGUUUGCACUGUCACAUCAAAACAAAAAAAAAGAAAACAUAAACAAAAAAAAUAAUAUGUGUACAUACCAAAUAUGUACUUAAUUACGAACAUUACCUGCGCUUGCGCAUUAAAAUUCUUUAACAAUAUCGUUGUCAACUAAUGCAAUAUUACUACAACACAAUUACUUAUAUAGUUAAUUACUUGUUAUACUUAAUUACCUUUACUCUUUGCAAUGUAACUUUUGAACUUUACAAGGUGUUCAGGUUUGUUUAGGUUUUAGCUGAACACAUCGUUGUCACGCUGUAGUUUUCCUUUGCAAUUAACUUAAGCGUAAAAUCUAAAACAAUCAUCUAAUGCAAACAGAUGAAUCAAUUAAUUAAUGAUAAUAAUGAGCAACAACACUUCGAGAGAUACACAAAUAAAAUAUUACGUACAUACAUAUUUUUUCAACUAAAAUAAUAAAUUGGGGCUUGUACAUGUGAAUAUUUUAUAAAAAUGUAAAAUGUAUGUAGUUUACAAACAAUAAGCUGAAAAAAGUAGAAAAACUAAUUUUAAAAGAAUACCUAUGACAAAGGCAUUUUCAGAUGUAACUGAUAACGUUGAACGCGAAGUUGAGUUGGAUGGAAAAUAAUAAAUAUUAACGGCACAUUUUUACAUGUAAACUAAACAAAAUUUAGUACUUGUUUUACACUAAAUCCAAAGUUUAACGAUUAUGUUUUUUUUCAGUUGGUUUUUUAUCAAUAGCUUUAUGGCUAGUCGAUUAAUACUGUGGCUAAAUAAGUGUAAUAUGUAUGUGUAUAAAUUUAAUUUUGUGAGUGUUAUUUAAUUUUUUUUUUUAAACUGAAAUUAAACUUUCGUUAAGCACUUAGAUUAAAAGUCAAUAUUAUAUUGUUAUUAAAAUUUUUAUUACUGUUUCCACGUAUUAUUAUUGCGAAAAAAAUUUUCGAUUAUGUUUUUUAUUUUAUUUUAUCUUAUUAGUUUUACACUUACGCCAGAUUAUACGUAAAAAAACAGCAACAACUUAACUUAAACGCUGCUAUCUGCAAAUGAUUUUGUCAUAGAACGCAGCAAUAACAUUAUCGUCAUAAACGCGUAGUUGACGAUAGUCUAUUGAAGUAAUAUAAAAAAAGAGUAAAUGAAAAUUUUUUGAAAAAAUGAAAUUAACUUAUGGGUGGGCAAAUUACGUAUGUAUGUAAUAAUGUUCGAAAAUUAUACCUCAGUGCGUACAUUGCGACGUACGUCCAAUAAUAUCUAAUGUACUUAAGAGCGAUGUGAAACAAAAGCAAAAACAAAAAAGAAAACUAAAACUAAAACUAAAAAAACAACAACACCAUGUGGUAGUAUUGUAUGUAUAAUGAAUUGAAAAUGCAACAUAGCUUGCUGACAUUAAUAUUAAACGCAUUAUGUUUAAAAUAUAUGUAUUAUUUGUCGAUAUUGUAGAAAUUAUAUUGUUGUAGGCCAAUAAACAAUAUCGAUAUUUUUCAUACAUACAAUACAUAACUAAUAGUUUUGUUUAUUGCCACAUAUGCUGUUUUAUAUAUAUAAACUUAAGAGAUUUGUUACUGGCGUUUAUAUACUAUAUAUAUACAUGCAUACAUAUAUGUGUAUUUAAGAACAAAGAGCGCUUUUAUAUAAAUUUAGUUUAUAUUAUUUUGUACAGGAGUUGUGAACUUCUUUACUUGUUGUCCAUUUAAUUAUGUUAAAAUGCGAAGUAUACUGAAAGUAAAUCUAUUAAAUACAAUUUAUUGAAAUUUUUAUAGAAAUUCUCACGAAUUUAAGCAAUUUAAAACAAAAAAACAACAAAUAUAUAUGCUAAAGUGUUAAAAACCCUCAAGCGCUUCCUUACUUUCUGGUUUUAAAUAUUUGCAUACAUACUAUCGUUUAAAAAUACAAUAAAAUUUCAUUAUUCUGAAAUAUGUUCGACGUUUUUUUAUUAAUUUGUCCAUUUUCAUUGUACCUGAGUAAACAUUAUUAUUGACUGUUGUAAGUAUUAUCAUUUAUAUGAAAAGGUACUUUGAAGUUAACACGAAAAACAUUAAUUUCUGAUACACAAGUUGUAGAAGUUAGUUUUGGGUUUGUUAUUAUUAUCCUCUUAUACCACGUACAUUAUGUGUUAAUAUUUGAUAUAUGUUGCGUCUACGAAUACUUUCCCAACAACCUGUGUAUCAUUCAACAAAGUAUAUUAAUUAAAUUUCACUACACUCGGAAAAUUGCACAAAUUAUAAAAAAAGUUUGGGAUAUCAAUGAAAUUCUUUAUUCCUGUGAAAGUGCAUUCGAUGCCAUUAUGUAUGGAACUCGAUUUCUUUUCCAUGGCUACCACGGGCACUGGCCGUCCUGUUGGAACCACAUAUUAUCCAAGUCGUGCCAAAAAUAUUCAGUUGUGCCGUUCUUGACCAUCACGGAAGAAUGACGCCACCGGCGCAUAUACCGCACCAAAUUGAAUUUUUUCGGGAUGCAAUGUUGACUCAUGGAGUUCGUGUAAAUUGCUGCCUGACCAAUAACGCAUAUUUUGCUUUUUGACGAAUCCACUCAGCCAGAAAUAAGUCUCAUCGCUGAAGAUGAUUUUUCGAUGAAAAUCCGGAUUAUUUUCAAGUUGUUCUUCAGCCAAAUUCAUCCAACAUUCUUCAGAUCUUGCGUCAAUUUGAUCUUGUAAAGAUGUAGGCCAAGAUCUCUUCGCAAAAUUUGCCACAACGACAUCACAGAGAUGCCCAACUCUUGAGAACGACCUGUGAGAGACUGAAUUGGAUCUUUCUCAAUUGAUGCGCUAACGGCUACAAUAUUCUCGACACGUGAGACAAAGAAGUGUUUGUGUUUCUUUGUCUCACUGGCACGGGAAUAUUUUAUCCUGUGCCUGCGGGUUGACGAUCAAUUGUUGAUCUUACAAUAGGAUUAUGACAACCAUAAAUUAAACGUAGCGGUUUUAAAGUUGAGGCCACGGAAUUUCGGAAGUAAAUUUUAAUAAUUACACACGUUGUUGAAUCGUACAUCUUUCCAUGAUGAAAUGGCAAACCUUACUGAAGAGAAAUGUCAAAAGAGUGGACAAAAUAUGACGACGUUUGCUGUCUACUUUUGUAGCGUGCUAUUGAAAACCCCUAUACUUACUCAAUAUAUGAUCUAGAUCAUUUGAAUGUAUCUAAACCAAUAGGAGUGAAAUAUCUUUCAGAUAGCCAUUUAACGCUACACAUAACCGAACAAAAACCCGUGUUGUCUUACGAAAGCAUAGUAGAAAGAUAAUACUAAUUAGGUGGAAAAAUAAUCAAUGCGGUGGACAUGACCAAAAAUCUAGAUAAGAAAGCUGCCACUAAGCGAAUAUGAUUUCGUUGUUUUUAUUGUAGCGGCAUAAAACGUUUCCCAAAUAACUCCGAUUACAGCUGCCGAAUUGACAGUCCUUGGUCGUAUAAGAACCCAGGUCCAUUCUGGUUACGUAGCACCGUCGUGGGAAUAGGAUCACAGCAUUUCGCUGUGAAGAAGAAAGGCGAUAAUGGUUGUUACUGGCUGGAAAUUUGUGGCUAUUUCUGGUAGUAACAACUUGUAAAGGUUCAGGCAGAUAAUCAUGCUUCAUAGAAUCAAAAUAAAGCAGCUUGCUGGUUGUAUACCGAUCACUGCAGAUUAAGAUGUUAAAUGCACAGGAUCUGGUCGACAAAAUACUGGUUCUCGGAACUUGCGAAGGCAAUAUUUGAUUCACGCACAAUGGUAAACAAGUUCUUAACAUUUUCUAUUCAACGAAAUUGUAAACGAAUAAUAUAAUAUCGCUCAUUUACAUGAAUAGCGGCACAACUCAUUCAACUAAUCAUGUAAAUGAGCGAUAUGUAUGUAUAUGAAAGUAAAAGGCUUUCCUAUGAGCAGCCAGUCGACUUGUGAAAAUGGAAAAAAUUUAACAUAUUGAAGUUAUUAAUAUGAAUUUAUUAGAACAUCAAAAAUAUUUUAUUUGCUGUUCUAAGUAGUUAAAAAUAAAAUACAUACAUAUAUCUUAUUUCAAAUGUUUGCUAACGUAUACUACAUAUUUAUUAGCAUUCUUCAUGAUACUGGAAAUAAUCCUAGACUUGUAUAAACAAUUCGCCGCAGAUGGAAAUUAUGUGUUCUAAGAAAUUAUUGGCAUUGUUGAACAAAAAAUAUAUAAUAUUAAUGUGAAACGCUGGUCGGAUGAAAGAAAAUGUGUUAAAAACUAACUUUCCAAUACGAAAACUAAUCUUUAUGCUCUUAUUAUGAAUUUAAAUUGACUAUGCAUUUAAUUGUCCUUCACUUAAUUAACCUUUAUUCUUUUUUAUUUUAUAUAUUUCUUUACUAAUAUCUUGUAUGAGCGGAACUUAGCUGCCGACGUAACAUUGUAGUAUAUUGUAGUCAAUGUGUAUAAAAGAUGGUUACUCACAAAUUAUCGAUCAAAAAUGUUUAGAUUUAUUCAAUAGUUCUCCAAUAUAGCCGAUUUGAACAAAAACUCUCAAGUAAAUUGUACUCUUGCACUUUUAUAUCAACCAAUACGUGCAGCAUUUAUUGAAAAUUUUAGACGAAAUCAUGACAAAUCAAUUUUUGUACAAAAUGCAAUUAUGAAAUAUUUGGCGCGUAACAUGUUCGUAUGUUUGUAAACAGUGGUAGCGUUUCGGGCCUGAUGUGCAUUCAAUCGAAAUGAGCUUAAAUUUAGUUUAACCUAUUCAAUAAAUCUACUGCUUAAGAUGAGUAGCUUAUAAAAUAUUAAAAUAAAAAAAUACAAACGUAUGUAUUUAUGUAUGUUGUGUGAACUUUUUUUUUUGUUAUUUCGCUGUUUUUUAGAUGUUUUCAGACUUUGUUAUUGUUGUUCAUUUGUGGUAAAUACAUUAUUUUAUGUCUCCAUAACAAUUAAUGAAUAUCCAUGAAGUUAUCCAUUUAACGUAGUC